CCCUUGGAGUUCCCCUGUGGCUCGCCUUAUUUUUUUCUUGGCACUUUCCCUUCCCUCGUACUUUUAUUAAACGGUUUCUUCUAAUCCAUCACUUCUGCAUGUGCCCUUAGUCUUCCAACUCGACGACUGUCUAUCCCGGAAUCUGCCACGCGCGAUGGCGCAAGACAAGACCGAAGUACCGGUCAAGGAAGCCGGCGAGCAUCCCGCCCACACGAAGAUUCCAUACUGGCGCAUAGUCUACGACCAAGCAGGGAUCACGCCAGAAGUUGCCGCCUAUCCAUAUCCAGGGUCGGGGACCGAAGCCGACCCUUUCUUGGUGCAAUGGAUUCCCCACGACCCCAGAAACCCUAUGCUGUUCAGCAAGACGACCAAAUGGUUUAUUACCAUGAUGGUCUCCUUGACCACGUUGGCGGUGGCCCUCCUUUCCUCCGCCUACACAGGCGGUAUACGCCAGAUAAUCGAGGAGUUCGGGGUCUCCCAGGAAGUUGCAACGUUGGGCGUCUCCCUUUUCGUGCUGGGGUUUGCCAUCGGCCCACUACUCUGGGCGCCACUCAGUGAACUGUUUGGGCGCCAGUCGUUAUUUUUCGGCACCUAUGCCGUCCUGACGGCCUUCAACGCCGGUUGCGCCGGUGCGGACUCGGCCACGACGCUCCUCGUCCUUCGCUUUUUCGCCGGCGCGUUCGGAUCGUCGCCGCUCGCCAACUCGGGCGGUGUCAUUGCUGACCUGUUCCCGGCCGCCGAGAGAGGCCUGGCGAUGGCCUUGUUCGCGGCAGCGCCCUUCCUGGGACCCGUUCUUGGGCCUAUCAUCGGCGGGUUUCUCGGGGCCGCCGCCGGCUGGCGCUGGGUCAUGGGUUUCCUGGCCGCCUUCUCGGGGACCUUCUGGCUUCUGGGCACGGCGUUGGUGCCCGAGACCUACGCCCCGUAUCUACUUCGCCAGCGGGCCGCCAAGCUAUCCAAGAUGACAGGGAAGUGCUAUGUCAGCAAGAUCGAGCACGAGCAGGGCAAAAUCAGCCUGGCCGAGUCCUUCAAGACCGCCUUGUCGAGGCCGUGGAUCCUGUUGUUCCGUGAGCCCAUCGUCCUGCUCCUGUCGCUUUACAUGGCCAUCAUCUACGGGACCAUGUACAUGCUCUUCGCUGCUUUCCCGAUCGUUUACCAACAGGGAAGAGGCUGGUCGCAAGGAAUCGGAGGGCUCGCCUUCCUCGGCAUCAUGGUCGGCAUGAUUUUCGCCAUCAUGUACACCAUACCCGAGAACAGUCGGUACCAGCGAGUGCAAGAGGAGAACGGCGGAUUUGCGCCUCCAGAGACGCGCCUCAGAUCAGCCAUGGUUGGGUCCGUGGCCGUUCCCGUCGGGCUGUUCUGGUUUGCUUGGACGAACAACCCGUCUAUCCACUGGAUCGUCAGUAUUGCCGCCGGCAUCCCUUUCGGGUUUGGAAUGGUUCUGCUCUUCUUGAGCACCAUGAAUUAUCUCAUCGACUCCUACACCAUCUUCGCAGCGAGUGUUCUUGCCGCCAGCUCGGUCAUCCGCAGCUGCUUCGGCGCCGCGUUCCCUCUCUUCACGUCCUACAUGUACGAGGACCUCGGGACCAACUGGGCGUCCUCGAUCCCCGCGUUCCUAGCGCUCGCUUGCGUGCCCUUUCCGUUCCUAUUCUACAAGUACGGCCCGGCGAUCCGCGCUCGAUGCAAGUUUGCCGCGGAGUCAGAAGCCUUCAUGGCCCGGCUGAGGGAAGGGACGGCCUCGGAGAAGGAGCCGGAGAACAGUCCAGCCACCGAGGCUGUGUCGAGCGACGCCGCUGAUCUCCCGACAUCUUCGGACGACGACUCUUCUGUGCGGCGGCAGGAUACGCGACGAACGAUGAGUAUUGCCUCCACGAGGCGGAAGUCAUACGACGGAAACCCGUAUGACAUUGACAGAGUACAUACUAGGGAGUCAUUUGGUGUGAAAAAGAAGUGAAGGGAAGACAAACUUGAAGAUGCAAUGCGCUAGUCUCGGUCUCGGCGUUCGAGUUUAAUGACUGAGAAGAUGGAGAGCAAGGUGGGAGUGGGAGUCUCCUACCUAGUCUUGAGAUACCUCGAGUUCGAAUUGCAGCUGUAGAGUAACAGGUUGGCAUCAAUCACGUAUUCCGUCCAGCCCGAACAUUUAUCUCUAUUGUUGCAGUCCCAGCAGCGUUAUGCAAGACCUCCUUCGCAGGGGUGGAUCUCCAACAGCAUCCAUCCUGACUCCAACUUUUUAACUGACAAUCAUGCAUUGGACUUCCCCUCAACUCAAAUCCUUCGA